AUGGAUAGUAAGACUAUUGGUAUCUUAGGAGGUGGUCAAUUGGGGCGUAUGGUAGUUGAAGCUGCUCACAGACUUAAUAUCAAAACAGUUGUCUUAGAUGCGGCAAAUGCCCCAGCUAAACAGAUCAAUGCCCUUGAUGAACAUGUUGAAGGUUCAUUUACUGAUUAUGACUCUAUUGUCAAGUUGGCUGAAAAAUCAGACGUCUUAACUAUUGAAAUUGAACAUAUUAAUGUUGAUGCAUUACUUAAAGUACAAGAAAAAUUCCCAAAACUUGAAAUCUAUCCAUUACCGGAAACAAUUAGAUUAAUUCAAGAUAAAUAUAAUCAAAAAGAACAUUUAUUAAAACAUAAUGUUGCUGUUACUGAAUCAAUUGCGGUUGAAAAUAAUACUGAAGAAGAUUUAUUGAAAAUUGGAUCAAAGUAUGGUUUCCCAUUUAUGUUAAAAUCGAGAACUUUAGCUUAUGAUGGUAGAGGUAAUUUUGUAGUCAAAGACAAGACUUAUGUCAAACAAGCUUUAGAAUUCUUAAAGGAUCGUCCGUUAUAUGCCGAAAAAUGGUGUCCAUUUACCAAAGAAUUAGCAGUCAUGGUUGUUAGAGCAUUAGAUGGACAAGUUUAUGCUUAUCCAACUGUUGAAACCGUUCAUCAAAAUAAUAUCUGUCACUUAGUCCACGCCCCAGCAAGAAUUGCUGACACUUUAGCUAAGAAGGCUUCCCUUUUAGCCCAGAAUGCAGUCAAGUCAUUCCCAGGUUGUGGUAUUUUCGGAGUUGAAAUGUUUUUAUUAGAAGACGGAGAAUUAUUAAUCAAUGAAAUUGCCCCAAGACCACACAAUUCAGGUCACUAUACCAUCGAUGCAUGUGUCACUUCUCAAUUCGAAGCUCAUAUCCGUGCUGUCGCAGGAUUACCUAUGAACAAAGGGUUCACCGAAUUAGCGACCACAAACACCAAUGCAAUCAUGUUGAAUGUCUUGGGUGAUAAAGAAACUGCCAACAAAGAAUUAGAAAUUUGUCGUCGUGCUUUAGAAACCCCACAUGCAUCCGUAUAUCUUUAUGGUAAGACCACCAGACCAGAAAGAAAAAUGGGACAUAUCAAUAUUGUAUCUUCAUCUAUGGAAGAUGCCGAUGCUAGAUUAUCAUAUAUCUUAGGUGACUCGGAAUCGAUUCCAGAAUCCUUACAACCAAAAGAAACUCCAUCAGUGGGUAUAAUAAUGGGAUCAGAUUCCGAUUUACCUGUUAUGGCAGUUGGUGCCCGUAUCUUAAAAGAAUUUGGAGUUCCAUUUGAAUUAACUAUUGUAAGUGCACACAGAACCCCACAUAGAAUGUCACAAUAUGCAAUUGAAGCACCAAAACGUGGAUUGAAAUGUAUAAUUGCCGGUGCUGGUGGAGCUGCUCAUUUACCAGGUAUGGUGGCUGCUAUGACUCCAUUACCUGUUAUUGGUGUCCCUGUUAAAGGGUCUACUUUGGAUGGGGUUGAUUCCUUACAUUCUAUUGUUCAAAUGCCUAGAGGUAUCCCAGUUGCUACUGUUGCUAUUAAUAACAGUACCAAUGCUGCCUUGUUGGCUAUUAGGAUCUUGGGUGCGGUUGAUAGUAAAUGGAUGACUGCCAUGGAUAAAUAUUUGUUGAGAAUGGAAACUGAAGUAUUAGGAAAAGCUGAAGUUUUGGAAGACAUAGGAUACGAACAGUAUUUAGAUGAGAAGUUAAAGAAAUAG